AUGCAGUCAUGCAGAGGUCCUCGCCAUCUCCUUUUGCUCGCACACCUCUCCUUGCUGCCACCCGCCGUCGCUACGCUAACAAGCUUAAUCGCGACGACUAAAGCAUUUAUGUUGAACUGUUGUGGAUUUCAGAUCAUUCUUAAGAGAUUGCAUGUUUACUCUGUGCGUCUGUGUUCAAUCAACAAAAACAUUUUGUAUGUUGGCAAGGAACUGUUUGAGGAAAAGUUGCCAUUACAGAAUGGUGAUUGUGUCUACCAAUUGAGAAAAUUGAAACCUCAUACGUGGUAUGAAGUGAAGAUAUCGUACCCUGCUUCGAUACCGGCCAGCUUGUCUUUGCAACUAAUGAAAGGAGCUUCCGACUUGGAGCUAAAUCAAGGAAGGAAAUUGUUAAAUACUGAAAAAUUAAUUUUCAAGACUGUCAAUGACCGGGUCAGAAUGUCCGUACUUGUGAAUGUGAAACCUGAAGGUGUCGUUGCUAUACCCGGGAAACAGGAAAGAGAAUACAUCAUGUUUAAUAUAGUUUGCGACGAGCUGUUGCUUGGGAUUCCCCACAAGGCCUGGCAUGUUGUAGGCCUGUUACUGGCAUGUUUGCUGUUGGCCUUUGUGGUUCCAUCUUUUCUUCCCUCGCUUUUACUCCCCCAAAAUGGGAAUCAUUUGACAUUUACAAAGGAGUCGUAG